CUUUGCUCCUGAAUAGACAAGGUACAACCUUUGUCCAUUUCGACUCGAUCCCCGCAAUCCAUCCACUCGACAUUUCUAAGCACGAGUAAACACAAAAGCACAAGAUGUCAAACUACGAAACCAAAGAAGUCAAGACCAAGGUCUACGAUGGCCAGAAGCCCGGUACCUCGGGUCUCCGAAAGAGGGUCAAGGUGUUCCAGCAAGAGCACUACACUGAGAACUUUAUCCAGUCUACCUUGACUGCCAUGCCUGGUGGUCCCAAGGGAAAGACCCUCGUCGUCGGAGGUGACGGGAGGUACUUUUCCCCCGAGGCCGUCCAGAAGAUCAUCCGUCUAGCUGCCGGUAACGGCGUCGCCUCGCUGAUCAUCGGCCAGAACACGAUCCUCUCCACCCCUGCCGUCUCCGCCUUGAUCAGGUCGAGAAAGACCGACGGUGGGAUCCUCCUCACCGCCUCCCACAACCCCGGUGGGCCGGAGAACGAUUUCGGGAUCAAGUUCAACUGUGAUAACGGUGGACCUGCACCGGAGGAGGUCACCAACAGGAUUUACGAGUUGACCAAGAAGAUUGACGUUUACCACCAGAUGGACUUGCCCGACUUCGACUUGGGCAAGAUCGGCAAGUUCACCCACGGACCCCUGAACAUCGAGGUCGUCGACCAGGUCGAGGACUACAUCAACCUGCUCAAGGGCAUCUUCGACUUUGACAAGAUCAAGGCCUACCUGCACGGCCCCGCCAAGCCUACCGUCCUCUUUGACGCGCUCAGCGGAGUCACUGGACCUUACGGCAAGGCCAUCUUCAUCGACCUCCUCGGUUUGGGCGAAGAUUCCGUACAGAACUGUGACCCCAAGCCCGAUUUCGGCGGACACCACCCCGAUCCGAACUUGACGUACGCUCACGAGCUCGUCGAGGUCGUCGAAAAGAAGAACAUCGUCUUUGGGGCCGCUUCCGACGGUGAUGGGGACAGGAACAUGAUCUACGGAGCCGGCGCUUUCGUCACCCCCUCGGACUCGGUCGCCAUCAUCGCUGAUUGGGCCGAAAAGGCCAUUCCUUACUUUAGCAAGGCCAACGGUGGGAUCAAGGGUCUCGCCAGGAGUAUGCCUACUAGCGGAGCUAUCGACUUGGUCGCCAAGGAGAAGGGCUUCGAGGUGUUCGAGGUGCCUACCGGUUGGAAGUUCUUUGGCAACUUGAUGGACGCCGGACGUCUUUCCAUCUGCGGAGAAGAGUCGUUCGGAACUGGUUCCGACCACAUCCGAGAGAAGGACGGUCUCUGGGCCGUUGUCGCCUGGUUGUCCAUCUUGGCUGCUGCCAACGAGGAGGAACAGGGCCAGACCAUCAAGGAGGUCUUGCAGAAGCACUACCAGAAGUACGGAAGGAGCUUCUUCUCCAGGUACGACUACGAGGAGAUCGAGACCGGUGCCGACAAGGUCAUGGACACCCUCCGAGACCUCUUUGCCGACAAGUCUUUCGUCGGCUCCGAUUUGAGCGCGACCUCGAGCUCGACCACCUUCAAGGUCAAGGAGGCCGGCGACUUUAGCUACACCGACCCCAUCGACCACUCGGUGUCGAAGAACCAGGGCUUGUACAUCAAGUUCGAGGAUGGUAGCAGGAUCAUCUUCCGAUUGAGCGGGACGGGAAGCCAGGGCGCGACCGUCAGGCUCUACGUGGAAAAGUACAGCAAGAACCCGGAAGAGUACCCUAUGGAGACCGCCAAGGGACUCCAACCCCUGAUCGAGGUGGCCUUGAAGAUCAGCCGACUGGAAGCGUUGACCGGACGAAAGGAGCCUACCGUCAUCACGUAAACCUGCGAGGGCCAUGAUUAUUGAUACGAGGGGGACUACGUUUGUGGCAGUUUGAAAGAUGAUCGGAAUAAUUGGCCAAAUUUAUGAAAUGACAUGUCAUGUUCUGCUUCAGCUUGGUCAAUGUCGUAUCUUCGGCCCAUCUACAAUGCAGACAACCGCAUCGAUC